CGUUCCGCUUGCCUGGCCCCGCCCACCGCCGGGAGAACGGCUCUAAACAAAUCAUUCCGUGCCUGUGAAGCAGUACUGCGGAUCGCGACUGUCAGCUCGCUCAUGCUGCGCAUACGAUCUCUGGCUGCUGACUCCUGUAUCUAGGGGGGAAUCUCGUGUGAUACUGCCCGUGGGAAUACAUAUAAACCGCAAACAUGUCACGGCAUCACAGGACGCCGCUGAAAAACGAGGAGAGCGUGGUGGAGGUGAAGAGCAAAUUUGAGGCGGAGUACCGAAGGUUUGCCCUGAAGAGGAACAGAGCCGGGGGCUUCCAGGAAUUCUACCAACUGCUGCAGACCAUUCACCGGAUCCCCGGAGUGGACGUGCUGCUGGGAUAUGCCGACAUCCAUGGAGAUCUGCUUCCAAUCAACAAUGAUGACAACUUCCACAAAGCACUGUCCUCAGCCAAUCCGCUGCUUCGGAUUAUCAUUCAGAGGAGAGAUGUAGAUGACUCCGUGCCCUUCCCAACAGGCUCACUUCAGAGAAGGAAAAAGGGCCUAGCUGGUCUACAUCAACCAAAGCAGAAGUCCAAACCAGCGCUGCUGAUCGGCCUUCCGCAGGAUUUCCGGCAGAUCUCUUCUAUCAUAGAUGUGGACAUCUUACCCGAUACGCAUCUCCGUGUCCGUCUGCACAAGCACGGCACCAACAAACCCCUCGGAUUUUACAUCCGAGAUGGCGUCAGCGUCCGCGUCACCCCGCAAGGUGUAGAGAAAGUCCCCGGUGUCUUCAUCUCUCGCCUUGUAAAAGGCGGUUUAGCAGAGAGCACAGGAUUGCUGGGAGUCAACGACGAGAUUCUUGAGGUGAACGGUAUCGAUGUGGCAGGUAAAUCACUGGACCAGGUCACCGACAUGAUGGUGGCUAACAGCCACAACCUCAUCGUGACAGUGAAACCUGCAAAUCAGCGGAACAACACGAUGCACCGUGCGAGUAAAACCUCAGCUGGUAACAGUUCUGUUGGCUCGGUAGGCUCCGCCCCCUCUCAUGACUCCGCCCCCAGUCCCGCCUCACAGAAUGCCAGCCAAUACAGCAACAGCAACAGUGUGGCUGAGGGUGACAGUGACGAUGAUCCUGACCUCAUCCUGGAGAACGACAACCUGUCGACAUACAUGCCACACCGUAUGACUAAUGGCAAUGGCAGCCACGCUAACACCCUGUCGUCGGGUGCAUUUGCGCACAGGCCCCUCCCACAAAGUGUUUCCUUGCCAAGUAGCAGCUCUUUAAGCUCCCUGACCACACCCACACACAACGGCAGCCCCACCAAGACGAGCAGUAGCCAAGAAAGCAUGAGAGAGGAUGGCAACUUCAUUACAUUGUGAGCUACAGUAGGUUUUGAAGCCUUUUAUGCAUAUUUAUAAGAAAAUGAAGGAACUAUUAUAUCAUCAACUAUUAUUUCUCAGCCAUUACUAUCAUAAACAACAAGCUGUUCACAUUUUUCCCCAAUGAAUGAAGACCCUCGAUCCGCAUAGGUUGCACAAUCUAGCUUGUGUGUGAGGGCAUGAGGCUGUCAUCGUAUGGAAGUGCCUUAUGGCCCUUAGUUAUUCUUUUUCUUUUAGGACAAAUCAACCAUAUUCAUCUCUAUUGACUCAGAAGUGUGCUGGCUACUACUGCGGUGCCUAAUGUUAACACCUGCACCUCGGAGGAUGUGAGAGACAAACAAAUUGCCUCUGUGGAAAUGAUGCGUGUCAUGUUUUGGAUUCAUUCUCACUUUUUAUGAGGCCUCUUGCAUUGAUGAUGAUGCUAAUGAUGAUGGAAGAUGAUGAUGAGGAGGAGGAGGUGGAGGAAAAUAUAAGAGUGUUAAACCGGAUCUGAUCAGUGUUGAUUAUGCUUGUUUGCUCAUCUCCUCUCAUUCUGAUGCUGAUCGUGCUUUCUCAAACUCAAAAUGUAUACCAAAUGUGCUCUACAUUUAUAAUUUUAAUGUGUUAUUUUUUUCAAUCAAGUCAUCAAUUGAAAGCAUUUAUUAAUCACAAUUUUAAUGUCUCGAGAAAGGGAGAAUAGUGUUAAGAUCAUUCCAAAUUUUCUGUCACUCUAUUGUUUGUAUAAAAGCCAUUUUAACUCCCAAGUUGGCUUAGCUUUAACAUUCAUUAUCUCUGGUGUCAAAAAAGCAAGGACAUGGAAACCUCUUUUUGGGUCCCUCUUCUGUCUAGUGUUGAAUUAAAAGUGUAUUCACUCAAAAAUAAAACUUCUUGGAGAUUUACUCAACCCUCAUUGUGGAACACAAAAGAAGAUAUUUUAAAGAUUCUUGGUUAUCCAAUAGUUUGGAGACCACGGACUUACAAAAAAAAAAAUAUAAGAUACUUUUCUCAAAAUGUCAUCUUUUAUGUUCUACAGAGAAAAAAAAAAGUUAAACAGGUUUGGAACAACAUGAGGGAAGUUUUUUUUUUUUUUUUUUUUUUUUUUUUUUUUUUUUACAUUCUGAUACAGGAUGUCAACUCAUUUUUCCCUCUUUGUUUUUAAGUUUUUCUCCCCCUCUGGAAAAAUAGGAAUCUAUAUACUUAACUGGCACCAGUGCAGUGUAACUUCAGAAAGACUUGACCUCUCAUUGACUCAGUCUGUCCGUUCUCCUGUGUGCUCAGUUUUUCUGUAAAGAGCAAAAAAAAAGGAAAUUCCUUUUAAUGUUUGGAAAGGCCAGCAUUCAGCACAUUGGGAGCUUUUUCACACAGUCCACUCCUGAUGGCCAAAGCUGUGAGGCUUUCUUAGCCAUGUUGAGUGUGUGCUGUAUGUGUGUUCGCUCUUAUUUUUAAAGUAUAAUCUUACAGAAACGGCACUGAGGUGGAGACUGUCAGUCCUGGAGCCAAAUAUUGGUUUCUCUAAUGUCCUACAGACCUUAGCACUGUUUUUCAGGCAAUGAGUUCCCAGGUGAACGCUUGUUUAGACUGUGGAGAUACCGGCCUCGGGACGUCCUGCGCUUCAAAGGCUGCCUAUCAAACCAUGACGGAGAAAGGAUGGUGAAAUGCAUAAAACCUCUCAGCGCUUUUUCCAGCUGUACUGAUGAGCUAAUUCUUCUUCAUCUUGAUAUUUUGGGGAAUAAAUGAAGAUGCUACUAAUAUAUGUAAACCUGGGCCACAAAACAAGUCAUAAGUCACACUAGUAUAUUUGUAGCAAUAGCUAAAAAUGCAUUGUUUGGGUAAAAAAUAAUCAAUUUUUCUUUUAUGCCUAAAAUCGUUGGGAUAUUAAGUAAAGAUAUUUUGUACAUUUCCUACCAUAAAUUUAUCAAAACUUAAUAUUUGAUUAUUAAUAUGCAUUUUCUAAGACUUCAUUUGGACAACUUUAAAGACAAAUUUCUCAAUAUUAAAUUUUUUGCAUCCUCAGAUUCAAGAUUAUUAUUAUUAUUUUUUUUUCUUGAGUUUUAAAUUUUCAGUUAGAAGCAGGUACCAGUAAACUGAUCUUUCCGUGUCAUAAAUGAUGGGCGUGAUUCAUGAAGGUGUAGCCUCAUCUGCUCAGCAUUAUCUGGUUUAACUUGAUCAGCAAAACAAAUGAGGUGUUAUUUCGCCACAAUACUGAUAUUUAUCAAGGUAGCCUUGAGUCUGAACGAGAAUGUAGUUUAUUUGAACCAUCUAAGCGUAACAUCUGCACAACUGACACUCGGGGUUUCACAGCAGACGGUGAGGACAAAUGAAACCAGAGGGUGAUUUGAAACGUAUAGCAAGAGACAUCUGGACAAGCGUGAACUUUCACUUUUUUAUGAUAUCUAUAUUUAAUUUAAUAGGUUUUAUUGGCAUACUCUAGGUGAAGAGAGCGCUGAAUUUUAAAAAGAAAGUGAUGGCAUGUAAACUACAUAAAACUGCACACAACUGGAGCCCCGAUAAUACAUGAGAAUUUGUGUGUGUUAGUGUGGCAAUGUAUAUAUAUAUAUAUAUAUAAAUAGAAAUAUGAAAUGACGGACACUUUUGUACAAUAGGAGCCCUUUUUUUUAAUAAAAAAGUGCAUUUUAUAUAUAUGUAUAAAAUAUGGAAAGUAUUUUUCUUAUUCUUGUAUUUUUGUAUGUAUAUCGGAAUUUUGGAGAGGAGGUUUCUGUUUCUUUUGAGUAUAGCAAACAAAACUAAAAUCUUUUAGAUGCUUGUGUUUUUAUUAUAAUCAGAUGGCUCAAGGUGUACAAUACUGUGAAUGUUCUAAGCUGAUUAUAAAAUGUUCUAUCACGAUAAUAAAAGUAUUUAACAUUUAUUUAGGUUAUGUAUGUUCUUGUUUAAAUUAUUUACAUCUUUACUUGAAAUUUUGCAAUGAUUAGUGAUGAUUUAGUUAAUGAUUUAUAUCAUGUUCAAAUCAGUCUGUAGCCUCUUAGAAUUUGUGUAUUUUGAAUGUUUUUAGUUCAUAUAUUUAACCAAAAUGACGACAGAUGCAUAGAAUUUUGGGGACCUGUGGUUUGUUUUUCUAUAAUUAAGAGAAAAUAUGGAUUUUAAUUUUUUUAUUUUAUUUUUUUUACAAGAUGUAGAAACUGGAUGCACUUCACCCACAUCACAAAAGAAAUUGAGCAUUAUUGCAUUAUAGAAAAGGACACAUUAAGACUUGUGAUACCUUAUCUCAGAUUGCAGGAAAUCAAUGUGAUGUAAUCACUCGGACUAGAUCGACUGUGAUUUUCUCCCUCUUGUAUGUCUAUUAAAAUCAGAAAGUUGGUUUUUCUAAAACAGAAAUUAGGACAGUUAAUACAUUAAAAUAAUUCAGCAUGCUAAAUUUGUUCCUUUUUAAAGGAAAUAAAAUCUGUUUUCAUCAUGGUCUCCACAUGCGCAGCAGGAUGUUGCUGACAUUUCCUCAGAACUUAAUUCUGCCGCUCAUCUAGCCUACAACUUCAUAAUAAACACAUCAGCAAAAACCCAUAAUUAACCAAUACAAAUGAUCAAAGCCACUGACAUCUGUUGAGGGGGAUAGAUUUACCGUCCGUUUUGUUUGUAAACUGCUUGUAGAGUUCCUGACAAGUACAAAAUAAUAUGCAAAUGUGUAGCAUGUUUAUCUAAAUAUAUUUGACAUGUAAAUUGGUAUAUUCAAAGUAAUGUAAAUUAUACAUAAGACACACUGGCAUUAGGAGAGGUUAACUGAGGCCCUCUGGUGGACUCCGCUCGUCGGUUGGUUUGUGAAAUAAAGGGAAUUGGCGCCCUGUGCUGUCUGAUGCUGUUUGUGACGAUUCAAAUCUGACGAUUUUACACUUACGUGAAAACUAAUUUUUAAAUGAAAACAGCAUAAUGAACAUGCACAGAACCACACCAAGAAAGUCCAUCAAUCUAAACAAAGUGCUCAAAGACGGAAAUUUUUGGAAAGACUGGUUAUAGCCUAAUGGAAGUGAAGAUCUGAAGUAACCGAUCCUUUCGAGUGUGAAAGCGUAAAUGCUCUCAGUUGAACAUUAAUUUCAGUUAUGUCCUUAAGGCCAUGUUUUUGUCAUAUUUAUUACCUACAUCUAGAGAUGUAAAUGUAAUCCAGUAUUACCUGUAAAGGGGAAAGUUAGCAUACAACUUCCCGCUGACAUGUUUAUCUGUAAAAUGACGGCCAUGCUUCAAGUAAUAAUAAAAACAACUAAUUAAAUUUUCUUUUAAAUUAA